AAGGCGGGAUUUGUCCGAAUACGGGUACGCAAAUAAACUAAUAAGUCGGGAAACGUACAAAGACUUCCUGCUUUCAGACGUCUUGUAGCGUCUUGUAGCCAAAAUAUCUAAUUAUUCUGGGUUAAUAUUGAAACAGACUGAACAAUGAAUACGGUUUUAUCGCGGGCGAACUCGCUGUUCGCGUUUUCUCUCAGUGUGAUGGCGGCUCUCACCUUUGGCUGCUUCAUCACAACUGCGUUCAGAGACAGGAGCGUCCCGGUCAAUAUCCACGUGUCAAAGGUGUUCAUAAAAAACGUGAACGACUUCUCAGGACCUAGAGAAAGGAGUGAUUUGGGUUUUGUGACCUUUGACCUUUCUGCUGAUCUGCAGCAGAUAUUCGACUGGAACGUGAAGGAGCUCUUCCUCUAUCUGUCUGCUGAAUAUUCAACCAAAAGCAAUGCAUUGAACCAGGUUGUCCUAUGGGACAAGAUCGUUAAGAGAGGAGAACACACCAAACUAGAACUGAAGGAAAUGAAGUCCAAAUACUAUUUCUUUGAUGAUGGAAAUGGACUAAGGGGGAAUAAAAACGUGACUCUGACUCUCUCCUGGAACGUGGUGCCGAACGCCGGGAUCUUGCCGCUGGUCGUGGGCUCGGGUCACAUCUCGGUGCCGUUCCCCGAAUCGUACGAAAGCACCAAGAGCUACUGAACCAUCCUGAAACCAUCUUCAUCAAAUCUGUCCACUGUUUUGGGUUUUAAUAAUUAAUAAAAAAAACUAAAACAAACAGUA